GGAAGCGCUGCCACGUUCCGUCCCCUUCUCCGUCCCGGCCCAUCCGCCGCCGCCAGCAUGGAGGAACCUCUACCGGCCCUCGAGCCGGCGGGGAGGGAAUCUCGGGACCGCCUGAGCCUCUGGGACCGCCGGCCUCACCCCGCUGCGCCGCUGAGCGACCGCCAGACUGACUCGGUGUUGGAGCUGAAGGCGGCGGCCGAGAACCUGCCGGUGCCGCCCGAGCUUCCCAUUGAAGAUUUAUGCAGCCUGACAUCCCAGUCGUUGACUGUUGCACUGACAGCUGCAGUGCCAGAAUCCACAGAAGAUGUUCUCCUGAAAGGAUUUGCCAUGCUGGGGAUGGAGAAUGAAAGGAUUGAAACAGCACAGCAGUUCUUCUCCUGGUUUGCUCAGCUGCAGACACAGAUGGAUCAAGAUGAAGGUGCCAAGUAUAGGCAGAUGAGGGAUUACUUGUCCGGCUUUCAGGAGCAGUGCGAUGCUAUAUUGAAUGAUGUGAAUAGCGCCCUUCAACAUCUGGAAUCACUGCAAAAACAGUAUCUUUUUGUGUCCACAAAGACAGGAACGUUGCAUGAGGCCUGUGAACAGCUUUUGAAAGAGCAGUCAGAACUUGUUGACUUGGCUGAAAACAUCCAGCAGAAGCUGUCUUACUUCAAUGAGCUGGAGAACAUCAACACAAAACUGAACUCCCCUACGUUGUCUGUGAACAGUGAAGGAUUCAUUCCCAUGCUGGCUAAGCUUGAUGAUUGUAUUGCAUAUAUUUCAUCGCACCCCAAUUUUAAAGACUAUCCUGUAUAUUUGACUAAAUUUAAACAAUGCCUUCUGAAAGCUAUGCACCUUAUCAAGACGUACACUGUGAACACGCUGCAAAACCUCACAAGCCAGUUAAUGAAAAGGGAUCCUUCAGCUGUGCCAAAUUCUGACAAUGCCUUCACUUUGUUUUAUGUCAAAUUCAGAGCAGCUGCUCCCAAAGUCAGAACUCUUAUUGAACAAGUAGAGCAAAGAUCUGAAAAGAUGCCGGAGUAUCAGCAAGUUCUCAAUGAAAUCCAUCAAUGUUACCUUGACCAGAGGGAACUUUUGCUCGGUCCAAGUAUCUCCAGCACCGUUACAGAGUUAACCAGUCAGAACAACAGAGACCAUUGUGCUCUGGUGCGAAGUGGUUGUGCCUUCAUGGUCCAUGUAUGCCAGGAUGAGCAUCAGCUUUACAACGAGUUCUUCACGAAACCAACACCAAAACUGGAUGAACUCUUGGAGAAGCUGUGUCUUUCAUUAUAUGAUGUCCUGCGGCCGAUGAUCAUCCACGUUAUUCACUUGGAGACUCUGUCUGAACUCUGUGGGAUUCUCAAAAAUGAGAUGCUUGAAGAUCACGUGCAGAACAAUGCUGAACAACUGGGUGCAUUUGCUGCUGGUGUCAAGCAGAUGUUAGAAGAUGUACAAGAGCGUCUUGUCUACAGGACACAUAUUUACAUCCAGACUGAUAUCAUAGGCUACAAACCUGCUCCGGGAGAUCUUGCAUAUCCUGACAAGUUGGAAAUGAUGGAGCAAAUUGCACAGAGCUUAAAAGAGGAACAGAAGAAGCUGCCAUCUGAAGCUUCAUUUUCAGAUGUCCGGCUAGAAGAUCCUGACUCCUGCAAUUUAGUUAAUUCUGGUUCAGUGGAAUCCCUUAAUCCCAGACAGCAGUCCACAAUCUCACCAGCAGAUCUGCACGGCAUGUGGUACCCUACUGUCAGAAGGACCCUCGUGUGUCUCUCCAAACUGUACAGAUGUAUAGAUAGGGCAGUGUUUCAGGGAUUAUCACAAGAAGCCUUAUCUGCCUGUGUCCACUCACUGCUCGGAGCUGCUGAUUCUAUCAGCAAAAACAAGACCCAGGUUGAUGGACAGCUUUUCUUAAUAAAACACCUUUUGAUUCUUCGUGAACAAAUUGCUCCUUUCCACACUGAUUUCACCAUUAAGGAAAUUUCCCUGGACCUUAAGAAAACUAGAGAUGCUGCAUUUAAAAUCCUGAACCCUAAGACAGUUUCAAGAUUUUUUAGACUAAACAGCAACAACGCCUUGAUACAGUUCUUACUGGAGGGUACUCCAGAAAUCAGAGAACACUAUAUUGACUCCAAGAAAGAUGUUGAUCGCCAUCUGAAAGCAGCUUGUGAACAGUUUAUUCAGCAGCAAACCAAACAAUUUAUAGAGCAGCUGGAGGAGUUCAUGACAAAGGUGGCUGCUUUGAAAGCAAUGGCUACUCAAGGAGGUCCCAAAUACAGCCUUUCUCAGCAGCCUUGGGCACAACCAGCAAAGAUCAACGAUAUGGUCUCUUCCACUUACAAGACAAUAAAGACAAAGCUGCAGUCAACGUUACGAAGCAUGUCACUGUAUUUGUCCAAUAAAGAUACAGAGUUCAUUUUGUUUAAGCCAGUUAGGAAUAACAUCCAGCAAAUGUUCCAGAAACUCCAUGCUUUGCUAAAGGAAGAAUUUAGUAAUGAGGAUCUCCAGAUUAUAGCUUGUCCUUCGAUGGAACAGGUGAACUUACUUCUGUCGAUAUCCAAGUAGCCGGUGAGGCUGCUUAAAUAAUCCUUGGCUGAAUGACAAGCAGUGAAGGGGAUGUGAAGUCGUUUGCUUGAAGUAAAUGAAGGAUUCCCACCCCCACCUUCCAAUGCAGUCCAGUCUGCAUUAAGACCCUCCAGGCUGCUUAACCCCAUUUUAGGAAAAUGUUAAAAAUCAGUUUUAUUGAUUUGUUAAAGGUCUUCCUAUUUGCUGGCUUGAGAAGGGGGGAAAAGGAACACAAAACAAACCCUUUGCUGAUUACUCUUACGGAUUCUCAGUUAACUGCCUUCUCCAAGUGUUCUCAAGUUUGGAGUCCUGAUUUUUGAUGUAAAAAGCUUUCAUACUUUAAGCUGAAGAAUACAGUGAAAAAGAGCACUUUCAAAAACACUGGAAAUGAAGUGCAGGAAUCAAAUGAGAGCAGCAGUAGGUAUUUUGCGAGGCCUGGAGGUGGCACGUUGCUAUGACCAUUUGACUCAAGCAGGCACACUCCAAUUUUAACACCUGUGAGGAUCCUGGUAAUCCACUCUGUGCUCAAACCUAAUUCAGAGGCUCUUAGUUGGGAAGACUGAAGCACUUCUUGAAACACUGGGUGUGCUGUUCUUCUUGUUGUGACUAGGAGCCGCGAGGUCUGACCUGAAGGUUCAUGCUCUGGCCUUACUCCACGUAAAAGAAUCUUAGAUUCUGGGGUUUGCAAUGGGAAGCUGUGCAAUACAAUGUUGGUUCUGAGGGGAUUGUGGGUUUUCAGCUGCUUUACAACAAAGCUUAGCAUUGAGAUUCUCAGGUUCUUAGAGCUUAGAUUAGCAGUGUUUGUUGCCUUACUGAGUUUAAAAGGCAGCGUUGCACUGUUCAUGGUGGAGAGUGGGACUGGAACUCGUACAGCCUCUGCGUGCUGGACUGAAUGCUAGUGGGGCUGUAGAGGGGAUGCCAGGAAUGAAUGUGCAAACACGUGUCAAAUCCCUGUUGUAAGCAGGGGCUCAGUAACUGGUGAACAGUGCAAUUGGGUUGGUACACAAUUAUCAUAAUUUGGGAAAACUGGCUGCAAAGCACUCUGUCAUUAAUGGAAUGAAACACUAAAAGCAGCUUCAGAGUAUCUCAGCGUGUAAGUCUUUAUUGUGCAGCAGCGAGAAGGAAGCAGCUGGUGAAGUGCAUGGCAGAUUUUUAACUUAUUUGUAAUAAAAACUCUUGAGAAGUUUUAAUGAAGCAGGCACUUCCGUGCACAUCAGAGGCGGUUUUGGUUUAAUGUUUUCCCCAUAAUAAAUCACUUGGUUGGAGACUGAAAUGGUGUGAUUUAGAGCUACCGUGAGGAGUGGCGCAGCAGUGGUGCUGAGGUACAUCAGUGGUACUCAUAGGACCCAACGGGACCCUUACAAUGAACAAGAGGAAUUAACGAGGAUGGAAACUUGCCCUUUCUUUUUACUCACGUAGAAUUGAAGGCUGUAAAAUAACGCCCAGCGCAUUGUAAUAUAUGUAUAUUUGGGUUUUUUUUUUUUUAAUCAAGUUUUACAGAAGGAUUGCAUGGUCGCUGUACAAAGCCAUGGAUGACUUCGUACGUUGUACAGAGAUGUUGUGAAGGGUAAACCUUUGCCAGUAGUCACUCUUGUGUUUGGGGUCUUUUCUCUCUUGGAAUACCCAGACAGCUCAAGGACAGCUGGUUGGAAGAUUAGAAGAGCUAUCAGUUUAUACAGCCUGUUUGCUAAAGGAACAUUUGUUUAAACAUGUACAGUUUCAGAUAUUUACGUUUACAAAUAGUGUAAAUACUUUCAAAAGAUUAACUUAAGAUGCUUUAUAUUAUCUGACUAGAAACAUGCUGUUUUUAAUUCUUUUUAAAUAAAAAAAUGUUGCCUCCUAUUUUGGUCAAAGAGUAAAGCUUUAUUCUGUAUCCCGAGGCUGUGACGCAGAGACAAUAAACACCCCGUAAUCACAGGUGGGGAACGCAUCAUACUGAGAAGUGCUGUUCCUUUUUAGCAGGAAGAGAACUGACUUCAUUUGGCACAGAUGUAGACCUGAGUGCUGAACGUACCUUUGAAGUAAUCUCUCAUUGUGGUUAUAAUAAAGUACAUUUGUAUUUUC